CUCGCAGGACGCAAUAUAACUUUUGCCGGGAGGAUUUGGCGCCAGUCGCUGCUGACAAGGUUUCCCGCCGUUCUGCUACCAUGCCUGUGGAAGAGCUGUCCUGCGAACGGCCCGUUUCUGCAGAGUCUGACAUGGCUUCCUCCCUUGAAGUAAUAACUGCAGAUAUGGUAAAGGAGGAAGAAAAACUUGUGAAGGCAGGGGAGGCGGAAGAGCAAAAGAUGAUGGAAAAGGCUCGUAUGUCUUGGGAAAGAGAUUCCAAUGAAAUGCGGUUUAAAAGACUUCAACAUUUACUUGAGAAAAGCAACAUAUAUUCUAAGUUCCUCUUGACUAAAAUGGAACAGCAGCAGCAAGAGGAAAUGAAGAGGAAAGGAAAGCUUGAAAAGAAGAAACUGAAAUUAAAUGAAGCUGCAAAGGGAGAAAAAAAGACUUCAUCUAUUAAUGGCAAAACAGUAAAGAAAAGACAGCGGAAUGAAAUGUACAGCAUUUCAGAUGUUAUGUCUAAAGAAGAUAUCAUAUCUGCAUCUAAAAAAUGCAAGCAAGACUCUGAGGAUGAAGUCCCUUCCAGCAAACUAACUACUGAAGAUAUAGAGCUAAAUGGGGAUUCCAACUCUGUUAUUAAAGAUAGACUGUCCCAAGCCAUGAGACAGAAUGCUAAACAUCUGUUUGAUCCUGAGAGGAAAGUGAACGGUGAACCAGUUCCUUACCAGCAGCCAAAGUACUUUACUGGUGGUGUGAUGCGGUUGUACCAAAUAGAAGGCAUGGAAUGGCUCAGGAUGCUGUGGGAGAAUGGUAUCAAUGGUAUAUUGGCUGAUGAAAUGGGUCUUGGAAAGACUGUUCAGUGCAUUGCCACCAUUGCCAUGAUGAUCGAAAGAGGGGUGCCUGGUCCUUUCUUUGUUUGUGGCCCAUUAUCCACCCUACCCAACUGGUUGUCUGAAUUUAAACGGUUUUGUCCAGAGAUUCCUGUGCUUUUGUAUCAUGGCACUCCGCCGGAACGCCAGGUGCUGGCAAAGAGAAUAAACAAACGGGAAGGAACUUUGCAAGUUUAUCCUGUUGUAAUUACUUCUUUUGAGAUUUCAAUGAGAGAUCGUCAUGCUUUGCAGCAUAGAUCCUGGAAGUACAUGAUUUUGGAUGAAGGGCAUAGGAUCAAAAACAUGAACUGUCGCCUCAUUAGGGAAUUGAAACAGUUUAGGUCGGACAACAAGCUACUUCUCACCGGGACACCUUUACAGAACAAUUUGGCAGAACUGUGGUCCCUUCUGAAUUUUCUGUUACCAGAUGUUUUUGAUGAUCUCAAAAGCUUUGAGUCCUGGUUUGAUAUCACUGGCAUAUCACAGAAUGCUGAAGAUGUUGUGGCCAUGGAAAGAGAGCAGAAUGUUUUACAUAUGUUACACCAGAUUCUUACACCUUUUCUGCUGAGAAGACUGAAAAAUGAUGUAGCUUUAGAGGUCCCUCCAAAAAGGGAAGUUGUAGUUUAUGCACCACUAACCAAAAAACAAGAGACUUUCUAUACAGCCAUAGUGAACCGGACCAUUGAGAACAUGCUGCAAAAGGAUAAGUCCUCAGAAAACUUAAUAAUCGAUCCCAAAGGAAGAGGAAGAAGGAAAAGUCGGAAAGUAGUUAAUUACUAUGAAAAGGACCCUCAAAAUGAGAUUGAACGGCUUAUUAUUAACAUGCUUCAACAACCACAAGAAGAAGUAGAAAAAGAAACACUUGCAAUAGAUGUGGCCAUGCCAGCGGAUGCAGAGAUUAACCUCAAAAUGAGGAACAUUAUGAUGCUGCUACGAAAGUGCUGUAACCAUCCAUAUUUGAUUGAAUAUCCACUUGAUCCAUUUACUCAAGACUUCAAGAUAGAUCAAGAACUGAUUAACAGUUCAGGAAAAUUUUUGGUCCUAGAUCGUAUGCUGCCAGAGCUAAAGAAAAGGGGACACAAGGUCUUGAUUUUUUCACAGAUGACCAUGAUGUUGGAUAUAUUAAUGGACUAUUGCUACUACAGAAAGCUUUCGUUCUGCAGGUUGGAUGGAUCAAUGUCCUAUUUAGAAAGAGAAGAAAAUAUGAGGAAAUUUAAUACUGACCCCAAUGUCUUCAUUUUCCUGGUGAGCACACGUGCCGGAGGCCUGGGUAUCAAUUUAACUGGAGCUGACACGGUUAUCAUUUAUGAUAGUGAUUGGAAUCCACAAGCGGACUUGCAGGCCCAGGACAGAUGUCACCGGAUUGGUCAGACAAGGCCAGUUGUUGUCUAUCGUCUGGUGACUGCUAAUACCAUAGAUCAAAGAAUUGUGGAAAGGGCUGCAGCUAAAAGGAAGCUAGAAAAAAUGGUGAUCCACAAAAAUAAAUUUAAAGGUGGGCAAAGUGGGUUGAAUCAGUCUAGAAACUGUUUAGAUCCUAAGGAGCUGCUUGAAUUACUUCAGUCCCGGGAUCACGAGAGAGAAGUGAAGGGGUCCAAUGGAAAAGUCAUUAGUGACAAAGACCUAGAGCUGUUGCUGGACAGAAGUGAUCUUAUUGCACAAAUGAAAAAGAAUAACUUGGUGCCUAAGGAGAAGAAUGGGGUAUUUUCCGUUGAAGACUCAGAAGAAAUUGAAAUGUAAUUCUUCCCAAGACUUUAGUUUUUAUAUUUGGCCUAUGGCCUAACAGCUUCUAAUGUUAGUCAUGUUUUAGGCUUGAAUUAGAUGUUAAGUCUUUUUGAAUAAAUGCACUUUUACUGUUUUAAUCAGACUUCCUAUGGAAGUUGCAGGUUUUUUUUCUGUCUUUUUGUUUUAAAUGUUGGUAAUAAAUAAAACUUGUGU